GGGGCGGAGUUGUCGGAGUUGUCCGACCGAGGUGGCGAGCGGACCAUGGACCUGCCGGCCGUCAACCUGAAGGCGAUCAUUUUCUUGCACUGGCUGCUGACAACAUGGGGCUGCUUGGCUUUUUCAUUCCCCAGCUCCUACGCCUGGAGCAACUUCACCGUCUUGGCCCUGGGUGUGUGGGCGAUCGCUCAGAGAGAUUCUAUCGACGCUAUCAUCAUGUUUCUCGGAGGGCUGGCGAUCACGAUCUUCUUGGACAUCAUUCACAUCAGCAUUUUCUACCCCCGGAACACUACCCAGCUGACUGACACCAUGCGCUUUAGCACAGGGAUGGCCAUCUUCAGCCUCCUCCUCAAGCCCUUGUCCUGCUUGUUCGUCUACCACAUGUACCGGGAGCGUGGAGGAGAACUGGUCCUCAAUAUCGGUUUCUUAGGCCCUGCCCAGGACCGCGGCGCGUACCAGCCGAUCGAUCCCCAGGACUCCUCCUCCUCCCCGCCAUCGCACCCCUACGCCGACCUGGAGAGCAAGGCACCCCUGCGGUCUUACUGAGCUCCCCGCUCCUCACCAUCGCACCCUACACGGACCUGGAGAGCGAGCCACUGCUGCAACCCCACCCAUCUUCUCCCCACCACCGCGCCUCUUCGUGGAGGCGGAGAGCGAGCCACCGCUGCGGCCUGACCGAACUCCUCCCCGCGUCACCGCCUGCCCGCAGCGCUGCGAGCUGCACUCGUCCUACCCCGUACACUGCUUUCUCUCCACUGCACCAGACCCCUCCCCCGCCGGCCUCCCCCGGUCUCAGGCACCAGCCAGAGAGAGGAGGCACCUUUGAGGUCCCAGUGAUGCCUUGUAGCCCACGCGCCACCCAGGAGGACGAAACCUUUGUCCCUCCCUGUGCCGACAUCAGUUCCUCAACACCCUAGGCCCAUUUCCAGGGCCGUCUGUCUCAUCUCCUUGGUCUUUCUCUGGCCUCUCCCCAGCCCAUCUUGCCAAGAACCACUGUCACGCUGCACUUUAGCCACAGGGAACCAAGCCUCCCCCAACCAGGCUGAGCUAGGGGCUUUCUAGAGCCUCCGUGAUCCUCUGGACAUUAUUCAAUCAUGGCUGCUCCAGAGAGGAUGCUUUUUAAUCCCUCCACUGUGGGAGGUGGGAGGGUGCUUUCCUGCUGACCAGGAAGGAGGACCAGAGAGGGGAGGGGAUGGAAGAAGCUUGCUUUUUGCUGGUUUUUUAGGCAGAUUUACGUUUACGGGCCUCAGGGGGGAGCAGAAAGUCUGCCCCCACCCCUGUUCUUCUCCCUCCCCCGUGCCCCCCCCACCCCACCCCCGACCACUCCCCCUCCACCAGUUGUAAAUAUUCAGUACCUGCGAAACACUGCCUUUGCCUUCCGGCAGAGAAUUAUAGCAUUAAAGUUUUGGAAAUAAAAUUCCUGUGAUUUCUCUAUCUUGAAA